AUGUCGGAGCUACGUUAUGAUGGUCAAGUCGUCGUUGUGACGGGAGCCGGCGGUGGCUUGGGGAGGGCAUAUGCUCUCUUUUUUGGUUCAAGGGGUGCAAGUGUGGUUGUAAAUGAUCUUGGGGGAUCUUUCAAGGGCGAGGGUACUUCCACAAAGGCCGCAGAUGUCGUAGUCGAUGAAAUCAAAGCCGCAGGCGGAAAGGCUGUAGCCAACUACGAUAGUGUCACAGAGGGAGAAAAGAUCAUCGAAACCGCCAUCAAAACUUAUGGCCGCAUCGAUAUUUUACUCAACAACGCUGGAAUCCUUCGCGAUAUUUCAUUUAAGAACAUGCAAGACAAAGAUUGGGAUCUGAUCAUUGAUGUUCACGUAAAUGGAUCAUAUAAAUGUGCAAAGGCCGCCUGGCCACAUUUCAGAAAACAAAAGUAUGGAAGAGUGAUCAAUACUGCUAGUGCGGCUGGUUUGUUUGGAAGCUUUGGUCAAACAAAUUACUCUGCGGCUAAAUUAGCCAUGGUUGGAUUUACGGAAACUUUGGCAAAGGAGGGUGCCAAAUACAACAUCCACGCAAAUGUUAUUGCUCCUAUAGCUGCUAGCCGCAUGACUCAAACUGUCAUGCCACCCGAGAUUCUCGAAAACUUAAAACCAGAUUGGGUAGUUCCUCUUGUAGCAGUUUUGGUACACAAGGAUGCCCAAGAGAAUGGUGCAAUCUUUGAAGUUGGUGGCGGACACGUUGCCAAACUUCGAUGGGAACGUUCAAGUGGUUUGUUGCUUAAGGCAGAUGAUUCAUAUACUCCAGGAGCUAUCCUGAAAAAGUGGGAUCAAAUCAAUAACUUCAAAAAUGCCGAACAUCCUGAUGGUCCUGCGGAUUUCAUGGGCCUUCUCGAGAAAUCAAUGAAGAUGGGACCAAAUGACCAAGGAGAGACCCUUGAUUUCAAGGGAAAGGUUGCUUUAGUGACCGGUGGAGGCGCUGGUAUUGGACGAUGCUAUUGCUUGGCGUUCGCCAAAUACGGUGCUUCAGUCGUUGUUAAUGAUUUGAUGAAUCCAGAUGAUGUUGUCCAAGAAAUCCAGAAGCUUGGUGGUAAAGCUGUUGGUGUAAAGGCAUCCGCUGAGGAUGGAGAUGCUGUUGUCAAAGCUGCAAUCGAUGCUUACGGACGUAUUGAUAUUAUUAUCAACAACGCUGGUAUCCUCCGUGAUAAAGCUUUCACCAAUAUGGAUGAUAAGAUGUGGAAUCAAGUUUUGUCCGUCCAUCUCAGAGGUACAUACAAAGUUACCAAGGCUGCAUGGCCAUACUUCUUAAAGCAAAAGUAUGGUCGUGUAGUUAAUACUACCUCUACCAGUGGUAUUUAUGGCAACUUUGGACAGGCCAACUAUGCUGCUGCUAAAUGUGGUAUUCUCGGUUUCUCUCGUGCCCUCGCUCGUGAAGGUGCCAAAUACAAUAUCUAUGUUAACACGAUUGCACCAAACGCUGGUACUGCAAUGACUAGAACCAUUAUGCCAGAAGAGAUGGUUCAAGCAUUCAAGCCAGACUACAUAGCGCCAUUAGUAGUUGCUCUUUGUAGCGAUAAAGUUCCACCCCCACCAACUGGUGGUCUUUUCGAAGUCGGUAGUGGAUGGGUUGGACGAACAAGAUGGCAACGAACAGGUGGACAUGGUUUCCCCGUCGAUGUUAAGUUUACACCAGAAGAAGUUGCGAAGCAUUGGGCAAAAAUCACCAACUUUGAUGAUGGACGAUCGGAUCAUCCUGAAGAUAGUCAAGAUGGUUUGAAGAGUAUUAUGGCGAACAUGCAAAAUAAGCAGGGUGCGAGCAAGAAAGUUGAGAAAAAGGUUGAAGUGAAUCAAGAAAUCCUUGAUAAAAUUGCUGCGGCAAAAAAAGCUAAAGCACGUGGAAGCGAGUUCAAAUUUGAAGAACGUGAUGUUAUGCUAUACAACCUUGGAGUAGGUGCAAAGAAGUCGGAAUUGUCUUUAGUUUUUGAGGGUGAUGAGAAUUUCCAACCUCUUCCAACUUUCGGUGUUAUCCCACCAUUUAACGCCGAAGCCCCUUUCACUUUUGACGAAAUUGUCCCAAAUUUCUCCCCUAUGAUGCUUCUCCAUGGCGAACAAUAUCUCGAAAUCGCCUCCUACCCUAUUCCCACCUCUGGCACUCUUAUCUCAUCACCAAAGCUCAUCGAAGUUGUCGAUAAAGGUAGUGCCGCCGUUGUGAAAGUGGGAACUACAACCGUAGAAAAAGAAACAGGAAGAACAGUUUUCUAUAAUGAACAAACUGUUUUCUUGAGAGGAUGCGGUGGGUUUGGUGGUGAGAGAAAGGGGGCGGAUAGGGGAAAUAGCACGAGGGCUAAUAAAGUUCCUGAAAGAACACCUGACGCGGUGGUGGAAGAGAAGACGACAGAUGAACAGGCUGUACUUUAUAGAUUGAGUGGUGACUAUAAUCCUCUUCACGUCGACCCAGCAUUCGCAGCUGUAGGUGGAUUCAAAGCUCCUAUUCUCCACGGUCUUUGUUUUAUGGGUAUUGCCGGUAAAGCUGUAUAUCAAAAAUUCGGAGCCUACAAAAACAUCAAAGUCCGCUUCGUCGGCACAGUUGUCCCAGGCCAAACUUUAGUCACGGAAAUGUGGAAGGAGGGUGAUAAUAGAGUGGUUUUCCAGACAAAGGUUAAGGAGACGGGGAAAUUGUGUAUUGCGGGUGCUGGAGUGGAGUUGUUGGGCGAAGAGAAGGGGAAAUUGUAG